UCUCCUAUCACCUCCUAUCAGCCAACACCUGGAGGACUAUGACUGAUAGAAUCUCCUCCCAAGUGAAGGUGAUCCAGCUGGGAAGAUAAAACUCUUGUGAUCUGUAUAAUCAUACGUCUCCUCCAGAGACAUGAGGACUAUCUGUCUGGUCGUGGUGUGGCUCUGUCUCAGUCUGUCCCUGGACGCUUUGUCUCUGAGUGGACGGAGAACAGAGACGCUGGAUGAAGAGGGAAGUGAAGCUCUGAUCAGAGGAGAGAAGAGGCUCAGAAGAGUGAGGCGAGGCUGGAUGUGGAACCAGUUCUUCCUGCAGGAGGAGUACACCGGCAGCGACUACCAGUACAUCGGCAAGCUCCAGUCGGACCAGGACCGCAGCAACGGCGUUCUGAAGUACGUCCUGUCUGGCGAGGGCGCCGGCACCAUCUUCGUCAUCGAUGAGAAUAACGGCGACCUGCACGCCACGCGGCGCCUGGACCGCGAGGAGAAGGCGUCCUACGUCCUCAGAGCCACCGUGGUCAACAAGCAGACGGGCAUCAAGCUGGAGCCGGAGACCGAGUUCAUCGUCAAACUCCACGACAUCAACGACAACGAGCCGCACUUCAGCAGAGAAGUUUACACCGGCAGCGUCCCCGAGAGGUCCGACAUCGGUACGUCAGUGAUCCAGGUGACAGCUACAGAUGCUGAUGACAGCAUGUACGGGAACAGCGCCAAGCUGGUGUACAGCAUCAGCCAGGGACACCCGUACUUCUCCGUGGACCCAAACACAGGCGUGAUCCGGACGGCCCUGGGUCCUGGGGACAUGGACCGGGAGCAGCGGGAGCACUACCAGGUGGUGAUCGAGGCUAAAGACAUGGCGGGGCAGAGAGGAGGACUAACGGGGACCACCGUGGUCAACAUCUCCCUCACUGACGUCAACGACAACCCUCCACGCUUCACCCAGAGUAUUUACCAGUUCAGAGUUCCUGAGUCGUCCAAGUCUGGCGCUGCCGUGGGGAGGAUCGUGGCCACGGACAGAGACAUCGGGAAGAACGCGGAGAUGUUCUUCACCAUCGUCAGUGGAGACGGCAUGGACAUGUUCGACAUCUCCACCGACAGAGACACACAGGAGGGAGUCAUCACCGUCAGCAAGCCUCUGGACUUUGAGAAGAAGCCGUCCUACACGGUGGAGAUCCAGGUCCAGAACACGGCGGUGGACCCUCGCUUCCUGUCGGCGGGCUCCAAGGACAUGGCCACGGUGCGGAUCGGCGUGGACGACGUGGACGAGCCGCCGCUGUUCGACAAGGCCAGCUACCUGAUGGAGCUGAAGGAGGACGCCGCCGUGGGCGUGGCCGUGGGCUCCGUCAGCGCCAUGGACCCCGACGCAGCACGCAGCAUGGUCAAGUACUCCAUCGACCGGCGCACCGACAUGGACCGCCUGUUCAACGUCCAUCCAGGGAACGGCUCCGUGUUCCUGCUCAGGAGCCUGGACCGAGAGGAGACCGCCUGGCACAACAUCUCCAUCAUCGCCACCGAGUUCAAUAAACCCCGUCAGAUCAGCCACGUCCCCGUCUACAUCCGCCUGCUGGACAUCAACGACAACGCUCCAACCUUCGCCAACGUCUACGAAGCCUUCGUCUGUGAGAAGACCAAGGCUGGACAGAAGAUCCAGACGGUGAGCGCCGUCGACGCCGACGAGCCGGCGAUGGGACACAAGUUCUUCUUCAGCCUGGCUCCUGAGGGGACGCACCGCAGCAACUUCACCGUCAGGGACAACGGAGAUAACACCGCCGGGAUCCUGACACGCCGCGCCAGCUACAGCCGGCUGCACCAGAGCGUCUACCUGGUUCCCGUGGUGAUCACGGACGGCGACUACCCCAUGCAGAGCAGCACCGGCACGCUCACCGUCAGGGUCUGCACCUGCGACCGCGAAGGCAAGAUGGAGGCGUGUAACGCCGAGGCUCGGAGCAGCUCGCCGGGCCUCAGCACCGGAGCACUCAUCGCCAUCCUCCUGUGUGCCGUCAUCCUGCUGAUGAUCGUGGUUCUGUUCACGGCGUUGAAGCGCCAGAGGAAGCAGGAGCCGCUCAUCAUCUCCAAGGAGGACGUCCGGGACAACGUGGUGAGCUACAACGACGAGGGAGGAGGAGAGGAGGACACGCAGGCCUUCGACAUCGGGGCGCUGCGCCACCCGGACGCCGCCGCCGCCCUGGAGGAGUCGGCCAAGCAGCGGCGUGACAUCAUCCCCACCGACACGCUGCUGUACCCGCCCCACUGCCGCCCCGCCCCCGCCGCCCCCGGCCUCAUCAUGCCCCCGGUGGGCGGCAUGGCGCCGCGGGACAACGGGGACGUACGAGAGUUCAUCAACCAGAGAGUGCUGGAGAACGACUGUAACCCCACGGCGCCGCCGUACGACUCGCUGGCCACCUACGCCUACGAGGGCGCCGGCUCCGUGGCCGAGUCGCUCAGCUCGCUGGGCUCGGCGUCCUCCGAGGCCGAGCAGGACUACCACUACCUGAGUGACUGGGGGCCCAGGUUCAGGAAACUAGCCGACCUGUACGGCGCCGAGGACGGCGACUUCUCCUAACACACACACACACACACACACACACACACACACACACACUGGAGAAGGUUCAGGGAAGAGUUGAAGCAACGGGCCGAGGACAGCAACAACCAACUCAAUGUUAGAGAAAAACACACAAUGAACCACCAGAAGUUAAUCCCAUUUAAUGGGAUCUUCAAGAACUGGACAGAAGUCUUAAAUAUGUGAUUUUUGGGGGGAACAGGAUGUAGAAAUGUAAAUUUACCAGCGCAACAGUGGAGCCAAACAUCUCCAGCUCCACCAGUGGAACCUCCCGUUCAUCCUGAAGGGAGCUUCAAUCACAAACUGACUGUAUUUUAUAUUAAGGAACUGGACUUGCUUUCAGGCUUUGCUUUAAUCUCUCUUGGGGAACCAAAUAACCAUUUUCAGAGUGUUUCUCGUGGCUUUACAUGUGCCAUUCAGGGCAAAGUGAACGGAGGGAAGAGUUGUGAAGCACACCUUACCUGUGCAGGUGUUGGGUAAGGAGUGUGGGGACGACACGUUUUUGAUUUUCUUUUUGACUAAGUGCCCUUCUGCUGCCCUUUGAGCUGAACUGUGGAUGUCUUGUGUCGGCUGAGACUGAAGGGGCUAAAGACUCUGACAGGAUUUGUCUUUUGUUGCUGUCUUGUAUAAAAGGACCAUUCCAGAGCUGUUCUGAAGGACUCUCGCUUGAAAAAUCGCCUUUUCUCGGGACACAGAGUAAAAAGAGGACAACUCAUAUGAUUAAAUGCACUGAUUUCUUUAUGUUUAUGCAGGUUUUUUGACUUUUUUUUUUUUUCUUUUUGGUUGAUUUUUUUUUAUGUGAUGCACACAAAAAGAAAAAUAUUUUACGUGGCAUUACUUCUAGAUUUUUAGCUUAAAUGUAUAUUGUGUCAGAAAUGUGGUUGAACUGAGUUGUGUUGGGAGUUUACUAAGUUCUAUAAAUCUUUAUUU